AUGGUUAAAUCGAUUCACACGCCCAUCAAAAAGUGCCUGCAUUGCGCAGCAAAGACCUUCAGAUACCGCGGGCAGAAGGGUGUGGCUGCGUCGAUUGUCGGGCCAGAGCACAUGAGCGAGGUGAGCACCACCCAGGUACAGUGCGGGCGGCGCGGGUGCAGGAUCGUGCACCGCACGAACUUCGCGUGGCCCAAGAAAGUGGACACCCUCACCUUCAACCAGAUGAAGAUGCAGGGGGUCUACUUUGUGACCAACAAGCUCGGGUUCACGAUGACCUACCUGGAGCUCCAAUACCUGCGACUGAUGCGUGGCCGCUUGGUGCCUGGGCAGGAGGUGGACGCCCUUCAGAUAUAUGAAGGAGGCGAUGUAGCGUCAAAGAGCAUGCACAAUCUCAGGGAUAACCUCUUCCAUGCGCUGGAAGGCUUCGCCCUGGCGAGGCGAACGCCUGAUGACGUGGUGCAGUUCGACGUCAACUUCCCGGCCGGCGUCUUCACCAAGGACAGGAGCCCCGUGCUGUUCCCCCCAGCCACCGAGUGCAAGUCGAUAUGCUUUGACGGGCUGUUCGGGCUGAGCCGCGCCUUGGACCCCCACGUUGACGGCCCGCGCCGCGCCCUCGGGAAGAUCAGGAAGAGGACCGCGAAGAAACCGAGCGGCAAGAGGUCGAGGUCGAAGGCCGCGAAGAGCGUGGUCAAGGCGAAGUCCAAGAAGAAGCAACUGUACUACAAGGACGAGGACAGGACGGCCACGUGCGCUUCGAAGGACAAGAUCAGGCGGACGCUGCCCGGCCGCACAGGCGGGUGGCAGUUCGCCCUCGACCCAUCGACCAUGCAGGUGCUCGGAGCCAUGGAGCACAAGGAGAACGAGUGCACGACCGACAAGAUCACGUUGCUGAAGGCGGUCAUGGGCAUGGAGGGGGUGAACGCCGACCUCCUGAUCCACGACGACAUGUGCCACUUCGAGAGGUCCGCGCUGAUCCACGCGCCAGAAGCUUUCGCCGCCGUGAAAUACUGGGUCAUCGACAAAUUCCAUCGGAAGAACCACGUUUGCAGCAAGUGCGUGUGGACGCACCGCGAGAAGAUCCGCUGCAAGGGCAUUCCAACCAGUGCCUCCGAGUCCUUCAACGCCUGGAUCCGCGUGGUGAACUUCUUCGUCAACUCCAUGCGUCCAGCCAGCCACCGGUUCUGGGUGACCGAGUUCAUGCAGUUCUUCAACGACCACCCGGAGGCCGGCAUGCUCAUCUUAGCGAAGCCCAGGUUCCACAAGCCAGGCAGGCGCGCCUCGCAGGACUGA